GCGUCGACGACGGAGACUGAAGAUACUUUUCGCAAAUCUAGAGUGUUGCAAGGGCAUCCAAUACUGCAUUAGACCACGUACACACUGCUUGCCACGCCUAUCGCCGAGCAAAUUGUCAGCCAGGGCUUGGCAAUCGGGGUAAAUUUCACACUCGGGAGAACCAAUCUUGGUCAAUUUUUGUCGAAUCAACUUUGCUCUUUCUUGAGUGCGAUCAAGCACCAUUACAAACAUGACGACGGAAAUCACUCGUGUGACUAUGAUCAAGAUCCCAGAGCAAUAUCUAGACAUCGCGUUGAAAGGCUUUGAGACAUUUACCAAGAAUCAGAAGAAGGAUGGAGAACCAUAUAUCCUUUCCAUGGCCGCAGGUCUAGCACAAGGCCAUGUCAAAGAACAAGGCUAUACUUUUGUAACGAAGUCAGUAUUCAAGAGUAAGGAUGACAUGGAGUAUUAUGAGAAGAAGUGUGAGGGGCAUUUGGAGUACAAGAAGUUUUUGAAGGAGAAUGCGUCUGUGGAGGGGUUGAUGACUUGUUAUUUCACAUCAGGUGUGAGUUGGGAGAUAAGCUAAAACGACACAUCAAGAACAGCUCUUGGUUCCAUGUUAUGGAUUUUGUAAAGUUCCAUAGUGAGGAGGGCAUGCCGACCUGGGUACAUCGAG